AUGGCAAAGCAGGAGGGAUUCCCAACGGCCAACCCGGAUACCCUGCUACAUGAGCCAAACUACCGUAUUUAUGUACUACAGCUGUUAGAGAAGAUGGAAGAAGAACAACUCACGGCUCUUCGACGAAAGGCAUUGGAUAUUGGUUUGACAAUCAAGCAUGAUAGUGAAAAAUCAAAUGGGAGGCUGGAGAUCGCCUCUGAACCAUCUGAGUCUUCGACACCGACCCCGUCAACGCUGAUGUCACCCAGUCAAGUCACCAUUCCUUCAUCAGUGUCGUCCUCAACCCAAAGAUUACCUAGUGCUCAUUCCGUUUCGUCUCUGGCAACUUGUCCGACUACAUGCAAUGAGGGAAAGACACAUCAGAAACUUCCUAUAUUCAGCCCUGCACCAAGCAGACAUUCGUUCGACACUUCGUAUUGCCAAGAUCAUCGGUUUACAUCUGGCUUUAGGCAGUCGAUACUAUCCCGAUUCCCUUAUUUUAAGAAACGGUUAUCCGUUCCCAGUGCCCUACCAUCCAAAUCCCCAUCUCCUCCUAGCACUUCACAGAUAUUUCGACAAGAUUAUACGGUAGAGGCCACAAUAGAAGUUUCCCCUUCGUCCGAAUCGCCAUCCCCGGUUCAACUGGAGAUUCCCAAGCUCGAAGAACCCAUCGAUAUGGACUCCGUCGCUCGAAGCCUGUCAUGCUCGAUUUUGACAACUUUACGAGAUAUACAUGAAAGUCAGAAACGGAGGCAUCUAGAAUUUCAGAGUAAACUCAUAAACUCUAUUGAAACGAAACAUGAUGCCCUUAUUGAAGGAAAGCGGAAAGAGAACCAGGAAAAUGAAGCUGCUCUUGAGUCUCGGGCAACCAGGAUUGAAGAAAGAGACCUGGUUGCCGAAUUAUCGCUUGUUGCGGAACUACAACGCGAGAAACAAUCUCUUCAAACUAGCAUACGACAUAUGGAAGCAUACUUCAAUACACCGCCGCCCAGCCUGUCAACCGACAAAAACGACUUCUACGCCAACCUCCAACCGCGCGAGUUCACCGACCAGAAACGAAGCCGGCUUCUCCAAAGCUAUCACGAACUAGCUACACUUGAUGCAUUACAUCAAUCUAAAAUCAGAGUCCUGAGGGAUAGUCAAGCAAGGGCUUUCCAAGAGUCACUCCAGGACAUGGAGCUCGACUCUAUCGAAUUUGCCAGGAAGAACAGGGAAGCUUUGAGCGACCUGGAAAAGAGAAAGCAGGAAGAAACCGAGGCAGUGUUGGCUUGGCUAGAUGGUAAGAAACAGGGGCUUAUCUACAGAUGGGCACUGGAGGAAGGCAUUGCCAGAAGGCAGCUGGAGGACGAGACCAGGCUGACUUAUGGUCCUUUGCCUACGAUAUCAUUCAGCGAAGGCGAAUACGAUGACCUCACCCUUGAAAAUUGA